UCCUUCUCUCCUAGCUAGCUGCCAUACCACAGCACGUAGUACGUUCUAGCCUCUUCUCCACUUAAUAGCUGUUAUGGAACAGACGAAUGUCAGGUUGCCCCAGCUGGCCAAGAUAGCAGCGCUCCUCCUCCUCUUCCUCCUCGUCCCCAUGGUGCCUCCUUCUCUGAGGGCCCCUUAUCUCUACCUCCUCUUCAACGCCCUCGUCGUCGGCCUUGGUGUCCAGGCCGGCAUCAUCUCCGUCUCAAGCCGGAGCAACUUAACAGCCCAGCCUCCUGCCCCUGCCCCUGCUGCUGCUGUAACUCCCAACCACCAUCACCACCUUGUCACUUCACAGCCGCCGAUCAUGGCGGCCCCCUUGCCAGGACGACUCAGGGAGGUAAAUCUGCUUGCAGAUCGUGGUGCUGUCAACAACGUCGUGGCCGUGGCCAAGAAACUGAAGGAGACGAUCAAGAAAGUCCCGUCCAGGGCGAGCAUCUUCUUCAUCGGGAGCCUGGACCCCCAUGACGCCGGCGAGGUCGUGGACGCGACGUCAAAGACGCUCCACGACAAGGAAGGGCGGCAAAGGUGCAAGGUAGACGCCUCCUCCGGGGAUCUCAUGAGCAAGCAGGAACUUUACGCCAAGGCCGACGCCUUCAUCGGCAACUUCUACAAGCAGCUCAAGAUGCAGAGGGAGGAGUCAUGGAACAAGCUGCAGGACCUGUGCAGCUACCACCACCACCACAACUACAAGGCCAAGGCCUUCUAGAGAUUCUCGAUCCAUGUACGUAUAUCUAGAGUCUAGAUGCAUGGCUAGCAUCUAUAUAUAUGUACGUGCAUGCAUAUGCAUGCAGAUACGCUGUGCAUGUUUGUUGGCACGUAGGGUAUACUGAGGACUGAGCUGAGCAGUGGAAGGAGCCCAGAGGAACCAACAGAUAUUAUGUUGUUUGGUUCCUCAUUCUUAAUUUACCUUCAUCGACCCAUUGAUUUGUUUUGGGUUAGAAGAUCAUAGGAGUCCUUUCCCCUGAAGUAUAUAUAUGGACAGUCGUAUACACAUGUUCUUAACUAUAUGGCUCGUCUAUUGGUAA